ACUAAACCCUUUCGUUGUUUAAGAUCCACAAGCAUACCUUUUAAAGACUGUUACAGAAGCGAUGUGUAAGAAAGUAUGAAUGUCAACCUGCAAAGCCUCCGAUCUCUGCAGCGUUUGUGUGGGGCGGGAUGGAGGCGUCUGUCCUCCAUGCAGGGAGGAUCUAUGAAUGUAUUUGACAGGCGCAUGAAGCGAAAACAGAAAAAAUGGGCAUCGUCUUUACCGGACAGCGCAAAAUACGAUUACCUGAAAAACGAGGUGGGCGGCAGAUUGGCAGACAGAAUAUAUGAUGUCUCAAGGACUUUUCCUCUGGCUCUAGAUGUGGGAUGUGGGAAGAGUCACAUCGCGGAGUAUUUGAGUAAGGAUGUUGUUGGACGUCUCUUCUUGACAGACAUCUCAGAUUCUUCUUUGAGGAAGAACAAAGAUUGUGAGAUUCCUACUCACUCUGUUCAGGCAGAUGAGGAGUUCUUGCCCUUUAAAGAAAACACAUUUGACCUGGUGUUCAGCAGCAUGAGUAUGCACUGGAUCAAUGAUCUCCCUGGAGCUUUGAGACAGAUCCACCAGGUGCUGAAGCCAGAUGGCGUGUUUAUUGGAGCAAUGCUUGGUGGCGACACGUUGUACGAACUGCGGUGUUCUCUACAGUUAGCUGAGCUGGAGAGGGAGGGAGGGUUUGCUCCUCAUAUCUCGCCCUACACGGCCGUCACCGACCUGGGUAACCUGCUGGGCCAGGCUGGCUUCAACAUGCUCACUGUGGACGUUGAUGAGGUUCAGGUCCAUUAUCCUUGUAUUCUAGAAGUCAUGACUGAUUUACAAGGUAUGGGUGAAAGUAACUGUGCGUGGAACAGAAAGUCACUCUUACACAGGGACACCAUACUGUCAGCAGCUGCCAUUUAUAAAGAAAUGUAUGGCAGUGAAGAUGGGUCAGUUCCAGCUACGUUUCAAAUCCUCUACACGAUUGGCUGGAAACCUCACAAGUCUCAGGCAAAACCAGCAAAAAGGGGCUCAGCGAAUGUCUCGUUUGCAGAUUUGUCAAAAACAGGCUAAAUUCAGACCGACUACCAAAAAUCCGAUGACAAAUCUUAAGACGGAAAGAUGCAUUUAUACCUCACAUCAGCCCUUCCUGUUUGGAUCUGCUUUACUGAAAUGUACAAGAUUACACAGAAAUGUUGCAUCAACGAAAUGUAUUUUUGAAAUGCCAGUAUACUCGAAAAUAUGAUGCUAUACAGGUUUGUUAUUUUCUUAAAAAUAAGCAAAUAUUAACAACAAAGAAAUUCAUACCAGUAGGUUCCUCACAAAUGAUUACAUUCAGUUCCACAAAUAAAAAAGUAAACGACAAUAUGAAGUUGAGAUGAAUUGUAACUCCUUUAAAAAUGUAUACAUCAUACUUUCGAUCCCAAGUCCAAAAAACAAAAAUACACAUUCAUUCUAGUGUGCAUCUACUUGAAAAAUCAAACUGUCUAAUGUAGCAUGACAGUCAACUCAUUUACAUAAACAUUCUACAUUUACAUAUGG